AUGGAGAGCUUCUCGGAGUGCUUGCGAUCUCCGCGAACUGCGAGGAGACGAAGGCAGACCGAGCACAGCGUCGUCCUGAAGGAGAUCAGCGUGCCCCUGUGGAGCAACCCCGCCUGCCAGAACGCCCUCAGGGAACAGUUCGGGCCUGCCUACUCGCUCCCUACGACAGCCCUCUGCGCCGGGGCCGAGGGACGUGACGCCUGCGAUGGCGACGGCGGCGGCCCUCUGGUGUGCGAGAAGGAGGGACACUGGUACCAAGUGGGCGUCGUCAGCUUCGGCAUCGGGUGCGGGCGGCGCAACAUCCCGGGCGUGUACACGAGGGUGCAAGCCUUCGAGGGGUGGAUCAAGGACACUAUCGGCGUGCAUCACCACCCUUGACGUGGCACUGGUCCUUAUCGCUCGACGCCGCACCGCUCAUGCCAAUACAUUCAUCGUGACGCAACCACCCUUCUUGGCUCCAGCACACGCACGGGCGGCGUCGGCAGGCGGCGCGCGCGGCUCGUGCCCGGGGAGAAACGUGU